UGUAACUAUCAUGAGUACAUCUUGCAAAAUGGCAGACCUACCCUGGAUGCUUGAUCUCUUUUAAAAAUGCUGUGUCUAGUGGGAAGGAGGGUGACGCUUAACUAAUUUGGUUGCAAAUUACUUUUGAAGUUUAUGCACAGCUGUUUAGCAUCCCUCAGAUAUCAGUGCCAUUGUUUGAUGCAGGUGUCUGCCACAGAGUGCUCUCGUUAGCCUCUUCCUUCUGCUGAUUGGGUGUACAUAUAUUUAAAGACACAGCAUAGGAAUAUCUUCUAAAACGUUCAAAGCCUCAGCUGUGAAACUCCUCCCAGUGAGCAAUUCAGUCUAAAUUAAGAUUUCUUUUUCUCUCUUGUAAACUUUUAUCUUUGAUUUGAAGAGUAACCUGUGUUUGGCAUCAGCAGCUUUUGUUUCAGCCUCCUGCGAUUGUCUUCUAGACUUUGCAACUGUUAAGUUUCCAGGCAAGACUCUUGUCACCAACAGCUUGUCAUGUUCACUUCCGCCAUGGUCGUGUGCUAUGGUGGCUCAGGAUGGCAACUAACGCUAGGGCAUGCUUCUGUGUGUGUCUGCUCUCUCACCAGCUCCACCUCCCUAGAACAGAAACUUCUCGUUGAAUCCGUGUUUCACAUACGUGAUACAGCUUUUGGAACUUUGAUUGUUCUGCUGAUGUCUCACUUCUCUUUCAGUUAUGGCAGGGAUGUUAAAUUAUUCACAUUUCAGUUCUUCUAAUCUAAUUUCAAAGACCCUUUUCUACACUAACGUUCUGUUUCUCUUGUUCACAGCAGGUAUUGGAGGCCCCCUUGAAUAGCCCAUUUGUCUUUGGUCAUUUCUAGAAAGGUUCCUAGUUCCAUUGUAAUACAUUCUCUCUCUUCUGGGGAAAAGACCAAAUUCUUCUGUAUAAUGAAUUAGAUGUUUUAUCUAAAAUUCCCUGUGGACUGGCUCCAGGAUUUUCUUUUGAGAGUGUGGGCUUUUGGUAGAAGUCUGCAACUGGGAUUCAGGAGUAACUGUCCACAGACAGAUCUCCUUAUGAUACUUUAUUACAGUACAUUUGUCUUUAAAAUAGGAAUUAGAGUGAGUACUUCCUGUGUUUAAUGCAUUUGGUGUUUUAGAGUCACUACUGAUUGUGUUGUUUGCCCCUGAAAAUAUUGCUCAUAUAAUGAUCUAAAGUCACAGUUUGUUAACAAGCAUAUAUUUGAUUUCAGGUUAUUUCUUUUGUAUAGGGUUCAAUCUUUUGUUUUCUUUUGCACAAUAAUUCCCCCAAACCCUUUAAAGUGUUAUAUUGUUACUGGAUGAAAAAUCUCAGACUACACAGAUGCAUCAUGGGAUUCCAUAUUUAUGUAAUUUUUUGCCCAAGAUUAAAUCUGUAAUUGGAAGUAGGGAAAUUAGUCUUAUGGUGACAUACAUGGUAUUAAACUCAUUCUUUCUGUUUCUAUUAUUUUAAAACUUCAAAUGUCUUGUUUUCAAGCAGCAGUGCAUCUAGCUUUGUCUUUCUGUACCUAUACUAAUUGUUAAGCUGGAAACCAUGACUGAGCAACUCACAGGAACACAUGAUGUUGAGCCAGAAAAGUGAAUUAAAGGUGUUUCCAUGCAGUGAUGGAAACCCCUUUCAUUAGUUUAACAGUCAAGUACAGAUUUCUGUGUCAUCUAAACAUAUUCUUGAGUAGAAAUGAGAAUCAGAGCUUUCAGAAAUUAAGAACAGUUCACGCUCACCCUUAGCCCGGAGUCAUGGAUUUCUGCUGGGAUUAAAUUAGCCCUUAUUUAAAACCACACUUUGGUAGCACAUCCUUUUUCAGGUUGAAGUUACUUUUUGAAUAAAGGUAAUAGUGAUGAUUAUGAUAGUAAUCAUAGCUAUCAAAAGCCAUAAAGCCCGGUUUUAUUGUCAUUAUUAUUUAGAAUUUAUGUGCCAAAUAUACAGGUCCUGCAUGGCACAAACAUUUUGCACUUGGCUACUAACUUAAAGGUUGGUGGUUUGAAUCCACCCAGCGGCACUAUGGAAGAAAGACCUGGUGACCUUCUGUGAAGAUUACAGCCAAGAAAACCCUAUGGAGCUCGCCUCUACUCUGUAACACAGAGGUCGCCAUGAGUCAGAAUCAAUUGACAGGAACAGGUUUGUUUUUUCUGGGUUAGUGCCAGAUAUUACACUCAAAAUUAUAUUUAUUAAUUUGACAAAUGUGUUUUUGUGUGCUAUAGAGUCGAUUCUGACUCAUAGUGACCCUAAAGGACAGAGUCGAAAUGCCCCAUAGGGUUUACUAUGCUGUAAUUUUUACGGGAGCAGAUCGCCUGGUCUUUUCUCCUGUGGAACCUCUGGUGGGUUUGAACUGUCAACCUUUUGGUUAGCAGCCAAGUGCUUAACUAUUGUGCAGCCAAGGCUCCUUUGACAAACGUUACUACCUUGUUUAGUCUUCACAAAGCCUUAGUGAACUAUAUAUUAUUAUUAUUUAUUAUCCUCAUUUUACAGAUGAGGAAGCUGAAGCUCAGGAAGGUUAAGUCACUUGCCCAGGUCUUAGAGCUGGCCUCUAUCCGGAUCUCUCUGACCACCAAGCACUUGCUGUUGACUACAGUGCUGGACUGUCUACUGACUGAAUCACUCGAUGCCCGAUGCCAGGGGUCUAUGGGUUCAAGCUACUCCUGAAUUCAUUGUGUUUUCCUAUCUCACCUUGUGUGUAUAUAUCAUUUCCUAUGACAGGAUCUUUGGAAGAACUACUGCUGAAACAUCCACUGAAGGACUAGGGAAGCCACAGGCAGGAGGGCUCCUAAAAGAUAAACAAAAUGUCCCUAGACUGUGGUUGCCCCUGCCCUCAAUAAGGACCUCAUGAUUUAGAAAUGAUUAGUUGGAGAGGGUAAAACAAAUAUGCCAUUAGUAUCCAUAGCUCUAAAUGUGUGGAGGAUGCCCUUUGCAGGUGAUAAGGUAAAGGUUUAAUCAUCUUUCGUGACUGAUCAGAACAAGCGAAAUUUCCAGGACAAUGGAGAGAACAUGAAGAGAGAUGACUGUUCAUUAAGUCCCCAGGCAUUUUUUCAUGAGACUCAAGCUGGCACCCUGUACUGUACUGUAUAACCCACAGGGGAGAUGCGGGCAAGCACACGGGAAGUUGUAAGGAAGUAUGAUGAUGACCUCAUCAUGUUACUCUAUAUCACUUUAUAAUGCUGUGGUAUGUAACUCUAUUGUAUGCUUGUUUACAUCCUGUUUGCUUCCCUUUCUAAAAUAUAAGCUCCCUGAGGGCUGGCAUUUUGUCCGUAGCUGUAUUCCUGGCUGUUCCAGCAGGGCCUGUCACGUCCCAAGCCUCCGUAAAUAUGUGUGGAAUGAAUGUACACGUGCUGUAGUAGGGGGUGUACAAGGACCUAAAUGUGGAGGAUCUACAGAGAUAUCCCAGAAGAAGUGACAGCUGAGCCGAGACCAGAAGGGGAGCAGCCAUGUCACCAUUUCUUCGAAUUGGUUUGUCCAACUUUGACUGUGGGUCCUGCCAGCCCUGUCAGGGAGAAGCUGUUAACCCUUACUGUGCUGUGCUUGUCAAAGAAUAUAUUGAAUCAGUUAGAACUGAAACCUCAAGGCCGAAUGCUAAUGAACGCAAGAUACUUUCUGGAAAUGAGUGACACAAAGGACUUGAGUGAAUUUGAGACUGAAGGCUUCUUUGCUUUGCAUCACCGUCGAGGAGCCAUCAAACAGGCCAAAGUCCAUCACGUCAAGUGUCAUGAGUUCACUGCCACCUUUUUUCCACAACCCACUUUUUGCUCCGUUUGCCAUGAGUUUGUCUGGGGUCUGAACAAACAGGGCUACCAGUGCCGACAAUGUAAUGCAGCCAUUCACAAGAAGUGUAUCGAUAAAGUUAUAGCUAAAUGCACAGGAUCAGCUAUCAACAGUCGAGAAACCAUGUUCCACAAGGAGCGAUUCAAAAUUGACAUGCCACAUCGAUUUAAAGUCUACAAUUACAAGAGCCCAACUUUCUGUGAGCACUGUGGGACUCUGUUGUGGGGAUUGGCAAGACAAGGACUGAAGUGUGAUGCAUGUGGCAUGAACGUCCAUCACAAAUGCCAGACAAAGGUGGCCAACCUUUGUGGCAUAAACCAGAAGCUAAUGGCCGAAGCCCUGGCAAUGAUUGAGAGCACUCAGCAGGCUCGCAGCUUAAGAGACACUGAGCAUAUCUUCAGAGAAGGUCCAGUUGAAAUUGGUCUCCCACGCUCCAUGAAAGAAGAAACAAGGCUGCCAUACUUACCAACACCAGGGAAAAGAGAGCCUCAAGGAAUAUCCUGGGAUUCUCCAAUGGAUGGGAUGGAUAAAGUAUGCCAUCCUCCAGAACCUGAACCAAGCAUAGAAAGACCGUCUAUACAUCUGAAAUUGAAAAUUGAGGAUUUUAUCUUGCACAAAAUGUUGGGGAAAGGAAGUUUUGGCAAGGUCUUCCUAGCAGAGUUCAAGAAAACCAAUCAGUUUUUUGCAAUAAAAGCCUUAAAGAAAGAUGUGGUCUUGAUGGAUGACGAUGUGGAGUGUACAAUGGUGGAGAAGAGAGUCCUCUCGUUGGCUUGGGAGCAUCCAUUUUUAACGCACAUGUUUUGUACAUUCCAGACCAAGGAAAACCUCUUUUUUGUGAUGGAGUAUCUCAACGGAGGAGACUUAAUGUACCACAUCCAGAUCUGCCACAAGUUUGAUCUUUGCAGAGCGACGUUUUAUGCUGCUGAAAUUAUCCUUGGUCUGCAGUUCCUGCAUUCCAAAGGAAUUGUCUACAGGGACCUGAAGCUGGAUAAUAUCCUGUUAGACAAAGACGGACAUAUCAAAAUAGCAGACUUUGGGAUGUGCAAGGAGAACAUGUUAGGAGAUGCGAGGACAAACACUUUCUGCGGAACUCCUGACUACAUCGCCCCGGAGAUCUUGCUGGGUCAGAAAUACAACCAUUCUGUUGACUGGUGGUCCUUUGGUGUUCUCCUCUAUGAGAUGCUCAUUGGUCAGUCACCUUUCCAUGGGCAAGAUGAAGAAGAGCUGUUCCACUCCAUCCGCAUGGACAAUCCCUUCUACCCAAGAUGGCUUGAGAAGGAAGCCAAAGACCUUUUAGUGAAGCUCUUUGUGAGAGAACCUGAAAAGAGGUUGGGAGUGAGGGGAGACAUCCGCGAGCAUCCUUUGUUUCAGGAGAUCAAUUGGGAAGAGCUUGAAAGAAAGGAGAUUGAACCACCUUUCAAGCCUAAAGUGAAAUCACCAUAUGACUGCAGCAAUUUCGACAAAGAAUUCCUGAAUGAGAAACCCCGGCUAUCAUUCGCUGACAGAGCACUCAUCAACAGUAUGGACCAGAACAUGUUCAGAAACUUUUCUUUCAUUAACCCAGGGAUGGAGAGGCUGAUAUCCUGAAUCCCCCCUCUCCAGAGAAACGAAAGAACUUGCCUUUUCUCUGUGAACUGGUUCAAGAGACACUUCUUGGGUUCCUUUUGCAGCUUGGAAAAGAAAAGAAACACUCGUCAAUAAAGGCUGAGACCUUUUAGCUCCUCGCGUGACUUUUCAUCUGUAGCAGAAACCGACUCCACUAACGACGAAGCCCUUUGGUUUAGCUCCUGCCAUCUUUCACGGAUGCUCUUGAAGUUAGGUCACUGGCUGUCGUGUUCAAAUCUGACCCUCAGACCCCACCCUGUGGUAAUUUACUUGAAAGACCAUUCUCGGCACUGUGAAAGAUUUGAACAUUUAAUACUGCUCUAAAUCCCUGGUCAAUGUGCUGAUCAUUGAAAGGCUUGAUGAAGCAAGGCGCCAACUCAGUGCAAACGUCUCAAGACUUGAACAGCACAUUUCCCGUGUAAUAGUGGAUUCCAUUCAGUUGCCGUUAAGUAAUCACUAAACCGUUCUCUGCAUAUCUGUGGACCUGUGUAAAUGGUGGGGGAGAGGGGGUGGGCCCGAAUAGUUACAAGGUUUUCAUGGGAAUUGUUCACAAUAAAUGUAGCUUAUACCUUGAGAUUUACAAAGCCAUUCAUUUUGAUUAGCCAUAGUCUUCACAGGAAAGAGAAAAAUGGUAAGUAGGAAGAGCUCAUGUCCGUAAUAUAGGAAGUUUAAUAGAACACCCACUCUGGUUAUCUGGUCAACAUGGAAAUUAAAUUUAGGGUCCACCAAUGGUAGUGCUAUUUUACUUCUGCCAAUAAAACCUUUCCGUCCAUCCAUUUUCAGUUUUCUAUUGCCAGUGGCAAUCACUUACUACCAUCCUCACAUUAUAACAAGAAAAGAAAUCAAGUGCAUAAUUCUUCAAAGAAAAAAGAAAACCAAUCCCUUCUUACACCAUCACUGAUGGUUCGGCAACUCAUGAGUCUCUCUUUAGGCAUCAUUCAAGAUAAAAGACCCGUGCAUGUCAUUUGCAGUAGUCAGUCUCAUUUGAUUAGAAUUCUGGCUAUGCGUUUGUAAAGUAUCUGUGUUAUUUCUCUAUUUUGAUAAAAUGUUGUGACUUAAUGACAAAGAGGUGGCUGUGUAAAAAUGGAAUAAAAAAAAAAGAACGAAGCCUCUUAAUAGUUUCAUUCCCCGCCUGUCCCCAAGAACUUAAUUCUGUCAUGUUUACGGUCAAAAUGUAGCUAGCAUUCAGUUGAUGCUUUAAAACUUGGGAAUCAUUAAAAAUUCCCAAACAGAUGAGAAAUUAAAAGAACCCUCAAGUUACUGCCAUUAUAUUUCUCUUUGCCUUCAUCACACGUUUUCUUCUAGAACAUAGGAGUGGUCUAUGCUUCUUGUCUCCACUUCCCUACCACCCACAUGCAGUUUCUGCCCUCAGACUACUUUCUGAUGCUGCUUCCUCCAAGGACUAACUUCCUGCCAGCCCUGGCAGAAUCUCCCUCAUCCUCAUCUACCUUUCCGCACCAUUUUAUACAAGGAAGGACCCUCUCUUUGAUCCUCUGCCCUGCUCGGAUGCUCCAAUACAGCAUUUUCCUAUUUCGUUCCCUCCAUCUUUGAUUAUUCCUUUCUUGGUCCCUUUUUCUCCUUCUACCCUAAAUCACUUCCAAGGCUCUUUUCCCCUCUUCCCCUUCACUGUCCCUUGGUAUUCUCCUCCUACCUUCAGGGACCACCUCAGUCCGGAUAAUCACAAUUGCACGUCUCCAGUUCUAACCUCACUGCCUGGCUUCAAGCAGGUUCCAUUAACUCUGUCUCCAAAUGAGCUCAUCCUAUUUUCUUACUAUCGUUACCUUUCUCUUGUAUUUCCUAUUUCUGUUACUGGCACCAUGAAAGACUCAGUCAUAUAUAUAUUAGUAUAUUUUAUAUAUUAUUUCCACAAACCAAGACUUUUAUCGUAUGACAUUCAUGUUCAAAACCCUUUGUAAUCUUCACUGCCUAAAUAAAGCCCACUCAGGGCUACCAGUUCUGUUCCAGGACAACCUUUCUACCUUUAUCUCUCAUUUCUACCUUUCACUUAACUCUGUGCUCCAGCCAAACAAUUUCUUAGCAUUUACCUCUGCUGGCACAGUGUUUAAGAGCUCUGCUGCUAACCAAAAGAUUGGCAGUUCAAAUCCAC